AGUUGACGUCACGCACUUGCGUUGCCAUCAGGGCCACUCUUCGCUUCACCGAGCAUCCAGAAGGAGUUUAAUCCGACUUCUGCAACUGAAAACCCGAAGGCGGCGUUCUCGAUAUGGUUCUUCAAAAGAUUUUCCGUGCAGUAAUCAUGGGACCCCCGGGAUCCGGAAAAGGGACGGUAUCAGGGCGGAUAAGCAAAAGUUUUGGUCUCCAACACAUCUCCAGUGGAGAUAUUCUGAGAGCCAACAUCAACGCUAAAACUGAGUUGGGACUGUUACUCAAGUCGAGUAUUGAUCGAGGUCAGCUAGUGCCAGAUGACGUUAUGUCUCGCCUCAUCCUCACAGACCUUCGUGCUAUAGAACAAAGCAGCUGGCUGCUAGACGGUUUCCCUCGAACCGUCACCCAAGCAGACUCUCUGGAUCAAGUCUACUGUGUAGACACAGUCAUCAACCUCAAUGUACCUUUUGACACCAUUAAAGAGAGACUGUCCUCCCGCUGGACUCACCUACCCAGCGGCAGAGUUUACAACAUUGACUUCAACCCGCCAAAAGUGCCGGGUCGUGAUGAUGUCACAGGGGAGCUUCUGGUCCAGAGGGACGAUGACACACCAGAUACAGUCACGAGGAGAUUGAAAGCCUACAAAAACCAGACGGAGCCUGUUUUGGAAUACUACAGGAGUAAAGGUGUGCUUGAGACUUUCAUCGGUACAGAAACUAACAAGAUCUGGCCUCAUAUUGAGACCUUCCUUCACAAAAAACUCCCUGUGCUCAAUCAGAAAGUUGCAUAGCAGAAGACUAUGAAUUUACCAGCAAAAUUGUAUUUAUUAAUACAGAAGUCAUUCAGGACCGUGUCAAUCACGGAACCUUUUUAGAGUGGUUGAAUUUUGCUCUCGUCAUUCCACAUUGUGCCUUACACCAAGUGAGACACAAUAGAAAUGUUUUCUAAAAUGAAUCUUAUCCAGUUAACACUCCUAUGGUUCCAUAGAGCCCAAAUAAAGAUUCAGUUUCUCAUGUAGUAUUCUGACUUAAAAGGGAAUGUGUAAUGGUCUACUGUAGUGAUCCAGUAAAUGAACUUUUGCACUCCAGUGCCUUUGAAUGUAGUAACUGAAUGUUAAUACCCUCAUGAACUCAAUUAUUUUACAUUAGCAUAAGACCAUUUGAUUUUUUUCCUCAAAUAAUUGUUUUAACAAGCACACUAUUGUCUUAUGCUGUGACCAGUGCGUUGUGUUGUUAAAAGUUGCCUUGCAAUGGAAACGUGAAUAAAUUAAAAUAUGAACAAAAAUAUU